AUGAAGGAUCCAAUUGUUUCGUGUCGUGAGUAUUAUUGCUACAAGUUACAAAUCAGAGAAAAUUUCAGAUCAAUUUUGUUGCUGUCUGGUCGUCUAUUGCAACAAUUCGUUGUUGAUAUGUAUGUUAAGAUCGAGACGUCAAGAUUAGACUAUUUCCGUAGCAAACAACAACAUAUUCGAUCUGAGUUAUAUCAAGGUAUUGUUGAUACCAUUACACUAGGGGAAACUAACGCUUCUAAUGUUGGAAAACAGAUUAUUCUGCCUUCGUCAUUUAUUGGGGGUCCAAGAGACAUGCGAAAAAGAUAUAUGGAAGCAAUGGCUUUAGUUCAGCGUUAUGGUAAACCAGACAUUUUUUUAACAAUGACAUGCAAUCCAAAUUGGCAAGAAAUUUCAAAUGAAUUACGCCUACAUGAGGAGAGUCAAAAUCGGCCUGAUUUAGUUGCUCGGGUCUUUCGUGCAAAAUUAGAAGAAUUAAAGGAUCGAUUAUUCAAGCAACAGAUAUUUGGAAAAGUUUCAGCAUAUGUUUAA